AUGCCCACCAAACAGCUCCAGGGGGCCAGUUCCCAUCGUUCUGUUAAAGGAGCAUCGAGGAACAAUCUCAAGCCAGCUCCAAAACAAUUCUUCAUUCCAUUGAACGUCGUCUUCUACCUCUGCCUCCUUUCAAAUACGCUUGCGGCCUCCCUUGCGCCCAUACAAGACUGCGACGAAGUCUUCAAUUACUGGGAACCCACACAUUACUUGGUCCAUGGAUAUGGCCUCCAGACAUGGGAGUACUCCCCUGAGUUCUCAAUUCGUAGCUGGCUCUACAUAUCUUUCCAUGCUGGCAUUGCCAAGAUAUCUACCUUCUUUGUGCGAUCGAAAGGCGCGCAGUUCUAUUUUGUGAGAAUGGCACUUGCGCUGAUGUGCACGGCUUGCGAAACCAGGUUAUAUUCGACUAUCUCAAAAACGUUGAAUCCUCGGAUAGGGGUCAUAUUUGUUGUGAUUAUGGCCUUCAGCCCUGGAAUGUUCCAUGCCUCUGCAGCUAUGCUGCCAUCGAGCUUUACCAUGUACACUUCAAUGCUUGGUGUCUCUGCGUUCCUGAACUCGAGCGGCGGGAAUAAAAUAGGCCGUGGUAUUUCGUGGUUUGGUAUCGGAUCUAUACUCGGGUGGCCAUUUUCUGGAGCUCUAGUGUUGCCUUUCUUAUUAGAAGAAAUUACUGUUGGAUACAUUUCGAAAUGUCUUCUAAGAACCUUGAUUCGAUUUGCUGAGGGCGCUAUGAGAUGUUUGAUAUUCUUGGCUCUUGAGGUUGUCGCAGAUAGCCUAUAUUAUCGGAAACUUGUCAUCGUCCCCUGGGAUAUCGUAGCAUACAAUGUAUUUGGUGGGAGUGGCAAGGGCCCCAAUAUCUUCGGAACCGAAUCCUGGGCCUUUUACUUUCGAAACUUGCUUCUCAAUUUCAACAUCUGGUUCAUAUUUGCGCUCUCUGCCGCCCCUCUUCUCAUUCUACAGUCCCUAUUCCGGUCGCACAAGACAUCCAAUGAAACAGUUUUGCGAUCGAUCACAAUUAUUUUCCCGCUUUACAUGUGGCUAGGUAUAUUUACUAUCCAACCUCACAAGGAGGAGCGAUUCAUGUAUCCAGCGUAUCCCUUCUUGGCUUUAAAUGCGGCAAUCGCUUUCCAUAUUGUACUCGCCUAUAUUGGUUCUAGCAAUCCGAAGGAAUUGGUUGGUCGCAUACCUCCAGGAAUCAAACUCAUCAUAGCUCUCAUCCCUGUGUUCCUGGCCAUCAAUAUAAGCCUACUAAGGACUAUUGGUAUCGUCACGGGAUACAGCGCUCCUUUACAAGUUUGUCAGCCUUUAGAAGCCGCGAACAUAUCAGACCGUGGAGAUUUUGUAUGUCUUGGAAAGGAGUGGUACCGUUAUCCAUCAUCUUUCUUUUUGCCUGACAACAAACGAGCCAAAUUCAUUAAAAGCGAGUUUGAUGGGUUGCUACCCGGUGAGUUUAUGGAGAAAUCUGAUGGGCAAGGCCCACGCCCAGGAACAUGGAUGAUACCAUCCGGGAUGAACGAUCAAAAUCGAGAAGAUCCAGGGAAAUACACGGAUAUCUCUCGAUGCGAUUUUCUCGUCGACUCAUACUUCCCAGGUGACGAGGAGUCAGCACUACAACCCAAUUACAUCGGUGAUAAGUUCACAUGGGAAGAGCUAUCAUGCAAGCGUUUUCUUGAUACCAAAAGAACAAGUCUUCUGGGACGGAUAAUUUGGAUUCCCAACCUUCCCUUCAUACCAGAAAAAUUCCAACGAAAAUGGGGCCAGUAUUGUCUCCUUGCACGACGGAAAGUCAACAUCAAACAUUAA